AUGUUGGUCGAAAAUCUGAAGAGUGCUGAUAUUUCUCAAGGAGUCAAUGUGAUAGGGCCUGUACUUGUCCUCUCAGUUUAUGGACUCUUAGGGUUCAAUUGAUAUAUGUAUUUCUGCUGAUACCUUCCUAUACUCUAUGUCUCUAAGGUGCCAUAUUUUCCUUUGUCAUCUCCAGAUUCGCACAUAUUUGGAGUCUCUCAGAGUAUGAUUUUGACAAUUAUAUUCUUCAUUUUGUUGUUUAAUAUUGUAUUUAAUUACACAAUGACAUGGCUAAUAAGCCCUGGAAAGUUGCAAGAAUUCUAUGAUGCAAGAGAUAAAGAGCAUCAUGAAAAUCCUAAUUAUGAAUUAAAGAAAAACAGACCAACUAAUGCGAUUGUGAAUAAAGACUUGAAAGCAUGUAUGAGACAUACUAAGAAAACUAUUGAUUAUAUUGAUGAUGACUGGAUAAUUAGAUGACAUAAAUGAAAGUUCUUAGAUAACCACGAUGAAGAGACAGGGAUAAACAAGGUACCUGCAAAGCCCUUGAGAUUUCACCACUGUUCAGUUUGUAGGAAUUGCGUUGUUAAUAUGGACCAUCAUUGUCCUUGGGUCAACAAUUGUCUUGGGUUAAAAUAACCUAAGAUACUUCCUGCUAUUCAUAUUUUAUUUGCCUGUAUCAAAUAUCUUUAUUGGGAUGAUAAUGUGGCAUGUAAGAAGCCAUCCAUAUUACAAAAAUUUCCCAAUGUGAAGCCAGGUCAUGAUCGGAGUUCAUGUAGGGAUAUUCAUAGCAAUGAGUUUUUUUAAUUGCUGGCAGUGGUAUCUCUGACUAAAGGGUAUUCCACAAAUAGAAUACCUUCAAAGUAUGGAAGGGGAAGUUAAUGAAGGCAAGACUUAUGGAUUUCCAAGUAUUUGUGAUAACAUUUAUGUCACCUUUGGAACCAAAAACAUUUUCAAAGUUUUUCUUCCUUCUCUUAGAUCACAACCUCUAGAAGGUUUAGAAUGGACAAUGGAAGAGGUUAUUAACAAGAAGAAAAUUAUGGAGACCCAUGAAAGAGUAAUGAGAAUUAUUGAAGAGACAAAUGAAGCUCAAGAUGUAGAAAUCAACUGGCUCUAA